CAGACAAAAACCAACCCGAAGGAAGCUUCCACACCCACACGGAUAAAUUAGCUCGUGGAAACAGGAAGUUCCUGGUCCCGGAAGACAGGCAACAGUGAAAAAAACGUUAAACAACAACAAAACAAAAUGGAAACCCUGUACACUGGCCACAUUCAUGGUUUUCCGCCACCGGCCAACAUUACCUAUGGCACCUUCGGGACGUCCUGGGGCUCCCAGGGGGGUCUGAUAGCACUUGGCGUCGUCCUCGGGAGUUCCGUCAGUUUGGUCGGGCUGGCGUUUGCCUUCAUCACGUACAGCCUUUUCUCGGAUCUGAAAUCGUUGGCCGGCACCGCCUUGCUGAGUUUGUUGGCGUCGCUCUUCAUGAGCCAGCUGCUGUUCGUCAUUGGCGUGGGAGGCGUUCAGGACACCGAACUAUGCCUGUCCCUAUCGUUGGCGCUGCUGUUCAUGAAGUUGGCCUCAAUGUGUUGGCUCUGCUGCUGUUGCCACCAUGCGCUCGUUCUGUUCCGGUCCAACACUAAUCUGAACCCGAAUCCGGAACCCAGCAUGGGCCGAGCCUUGGCCCACUACAGUUUACUUUCGUGGGGCUUUCCACUUCUCAUGCUGGGUGUGGCCGCCGCCUUCAAGUACAAGGAACGGGACGUCAAAAUCACCGGAGCCCAGGUCAUCGCCCAGAUCGUGCACGAUCUUAACGGAGAUAGUCACUGUUGGCUCAUGGAGGGACCGGCCUACGUUUGGGGCUUCCUGGUGCCGUCGAUUGUGUUGCUGUUUGCCGGGUUCUAUCUCGCCUGUCAGGGUGGCGGUGCGGUCAAAAUUGCCGCAGCCCUGCAGGUGGACUCCCGGAUCAAGAACAAACUGGUCAAAAAGCGGGGCCUGCAAAUCGGGCUGUUCUUUAAGAUUCUGGUAGUCCUGUCGACGGUUGUCGUUCUCGGGGCCAUCGCAUCCAUGUGGAACGUCAUCGAACUUUGGUCCGUCUACAGCAUCGCCCAGGGAAUUCAGGGUCUGGUGAUAGCGAUGCUGGUGUCCUGCAACUGCAAGGUCCUGAAACUCUACUCGGCCCCUCGGGGCCAAAAAUCCCGGCGCGGAACCUACCGCAGCUUGAAGGACGGCGAGGGAGGCCGCUACGGGGUCCUUUCGGUGACCAACCCCAACUACGAGGACAUUCUGGGACCCUUUCCACCGAUCGGAAGCGGAAGCGAUGGAUGCUUUGAAGCAGCCCAAUCGAAUGGACCGGGCAUCGGUUGCUCUCCGGUGCACAGCAGCUUCACCCGGAUGGCCUACCGGGAGGGGAACUUUGUGGAUCGAACCGACGCCGUCGUCCCGACGCCACUGGAUUGUGCCUUCAACGGAGAACUAUCGACAUCGCUGGCGAUCGAGGAAAUACCGCGAAACCCACUUCCGGCUUCGGUGUGAAAGUUUUGGAACACCACCAACACCAUUUUGGGAUCGCUAAGCUGUUCUGCUGUGAUGUGGGAGGGACCCCGGGGAAGGUUCUUUGCUGCCUAGCUAAGUCUACCUGUGCGUGUGUGUGUGUCUUUGCGUGUCUGUGGGUGUGUAGUGACAAUAACUUUAGUGUGAUUUGGAUUGGAGGAUAGCUCAGCGUUGAACUCUGUCUAUCUUUCCUUACUGUAUAUCAGCUGUAACCUAGCCCAUAUCAGUUGUAUAUCGAAAAAAAAGUAACAAAGUAUAUAUCAACAAAUGGAGAUCUCCGAUAUACAUAUGUAAAUCAAUGGAACCCCUUAACUAGAAAUGAGUAGAACAAGAUAGAUUUCAAGAGACAAACAUACACCAACCAACACUGAAUCCGUGCAAGGAAAAUCUGUUACCAAAGAAGAGGAAUCGAACUGUAGAUGCCGCAUGUUAAUCAAUGUACGCUUAGCAUAAAAAUGUUUUUUAUUCAAUUUUUUUUCACAAAAAAUUAUUUCCUUUUCCAUCAAAUUCAAGCCAAUCAAAAUAAAAGAAAGUUUUUGAAAACUCAAAUCGAUGUUGUUAUCCUUUUUAUUUUGACUGCCUUUUCUGAGAAUAGCUUCUUUUCAAUAGCUUGAAGAAUCAGUUAGUCGAAAAAAAAAACUAAGCAUCAGCUACCUACUUGAUAAGGUUAAACAUGUGAACAAGUCAUUCAAAUACCGAUUUAAAAGCAAAAAGCAAAAGAAUUCAAAUCAUAUCAUGAAAAAAUCAUUCAAACAACCCAGUAUCUUUCUGAAACGUGACAGCUGAGAAAAACAUUUUUUUAAUCAACAAUUAAAUUCUGUUGGUAAGUGCUUGAAUUAAGUUUAAAAAAUUGAGCAGAUUCAUAUGUUUUUGUUUUUAAAACUAUUAGGGAGAGUAAUGUUUUGAAAUAAAUAUUAAACGUAUAAUUUUCUAAGGAAAAAUAUUAAUACAGCUCGAUCAUCACAAAACUUACACUGAAAUUCGCAAAAUAAUUGGCAGGACCUCUAUUGUUUGAGCACAAGCGUGCAAUGCACACUGUGCAUAAAAGCAUAUGCUAUGUUGAAAAAGACAUACCCUGUCUAGCAAAUGUACUAAAGUGAAUUGUAUAAAAAAAAAAACUAUUAAAGAAAAUAAACGGAAAUUGUUUGAAA